CUCGAGUGACGUCACUGCUUCGCUGCGUUUGUUUGGAGUUCGCUGCGUUUGUUUGGAGUUUAGAUUCGCAAUUUACAUUUUUAUCUUAAAAUACUUCCUCAUUCACUAAAUAUUUAUCUCUCCUACUUGGGGUGAACAAUCCCCUAACACACUCAUACAAACAAAUCUACUUUUAAACGUUCUGUUUCUCGAGCAUCCGCUUGGUGUUUGUAGCUUUAGCCUGCUAGCACCGCUGGUCAGCUAAAGCUACCAACCCCUUUCACACAUUUAUUUUCUCACUUUCUGGCUUUGCUCUUCACCUUGUACAAUGUCGCUUGCGUGUCUGUCCUUGAGUGCAGGAGAGGCAUCGAUGGAGGCGCUGGAGCUGGAGCUGGAAGCGGUGGAGUCCCAGAUUCGCUCGCUGGAGACGAAGCGAGAGGGCAUCAGGGCUCUGCUCUUAACCCGUACUCGCUCGUCUGAGGUAAGUGUCCGAUACAACGACAAUCUCCCAGUUUCUUCAACCCCGCGUGUUUCUCUGUCCAGGCCCAGCGCACCGAGGACGCGGUGCACCCAGGCGUCGUUCACGCCGACUCCCGGCUACCACGGCCCCUGGGUGCAACCGCGUAAGGUGCUUGCCAGGUCCCGGGGCAGAACGUCUCCUCCUCCGGUGUUCGAGAUCCCCACGGAGAACCGCUUCGCCCCUCUCCGCGAGACGGGUCGCGAUGUUGCCAUCAUUGGCGACUCAAUCGUCCGCCACGUCCGCUCCACUUCCUCCAAAGGUAACAAAGUACGCACUUUCUGCUUCCCUGGUGCCCGAGUUAAGAAUAUUUCUGCACAGAUACCUACUAUCCUGAGCGCUGCCGAGAGCCUCGGUACCGCCGUCCUCCACGUGGGGACGAACGACACCGGGCUCCGGCAGACGGAGAUCCUGAAGAAGGACUUCAGGAGCCUGAUCGAGACGGUUCGACGCACUUCGCCCGCCACGCAGAUCAUCGUUUCUGGACCGCUUCCUACCUACCGCCGAGGAAAUGAAAGGCUUUUCCGCGCUGACGGGCUGCACCCCAGUCGAGCUGGAGCUGAACUCCUGUCGGACAACAUCACCAGAAUACUUCGCUCUAUCUGACUAGCCCUCAGACUAUGCAGAGUCACUGAUUCGAUCCAAGACCAACGACGAGAUGAUCCCAAGGUUUCCAUAUCCUGGACCUGGCCGAAUCCUGAACAACUACUGCGAUGGUCAUGGAAGAGUGGAGAACAUGAGACUGUUUCCUAUGACGCUCCAGAGACAGACGAGUCUUCGCUGAGGCCAGCUUCCAGCCUCCGCCACUGAGACUGCAGCUCUGCACAAGACGUUUGGCCAGCGGAGAAAUUAAAAUGGUCGUGCCCAACUGAGCCUGGUUUCUCUCAAGGUUUUUUUUUCUUCACUUCCGCCUUUAGUGAAGUUUUUUUUUCCCUCUCCGCUGUCGCCACUGGCUUGCAUGGUUCAGGAUCUGUAGAGCCGCGCAUCGUUGGAUUUGCUCUUCAGUGUUUGGACUCUCAGUAGUGAUUAUUAAACCACACUGAACUGAGCUAAACUGAACUGAACUUAAACACUACAAACUUAACUACACUGUUCCUAUUUACUGUGACCUUUUAUGUGAAGCUGCUUUGAC